CAUUCGGUCAGGUUUUUGACAAUCGUUCGAUGAACCUUCACGACGUAAUGUAAAUUAUUGUCAUGUGUGGUUUGAAAUGAGGAUAUAGUUUGAAUAUAAGUAUGGAUUUAAAUGAAAUUCUAGACGAGUUGUUAUCUACAUCACCUGAUAAGAUAACAAAUACAGUGUAUAGUCAGUUUAGUUUUACAGGUGACCGUUACUAACCUCUUUUCACACGAAUAAAGGUUAUAGCUGGUCUUUCACUCACAGUUGAUUACUAUGGCGCUCUGGUCACUAUUUACGCUCAUUGGUGUUUCAUUGGCCUUUGACCUCAACGAUCCAAAAACCAAUCUAGACAGUGUGAUCCGAACAACAGGAUCAACGGAUCCAAACAUUCAAACAGUCAACUAUAUCAACGGAACUAUAUUCUUACGGUUUCCAGGUGGUACUCUGCAGAAGGUUUUCCUUUUGGAAGGUUUCAAUAUCGCUCGAAAGGUACCAAAGUCUUUCGGAUAUUUGUCUUUAUCCAAAGAAUUUUUGGUUUACAGAAAUUACAAAACAGGGGAAAUAAUAGACGUGUUAAUGAAUCCUCAGACUAGAAUUCCAAAUGAAGUAUUUUAUAUUCAUAAUGAUCCAGUGAACGUUAACUUUACAUAUGGACAAAUUACGCCAUUUACUAUACUAGAAAAUGAUCGAGUUGGCUUCAAUAAUGAUAUCUUAUUGCAGUAUCCAAAUGUUCUUGAUCCCCAGCACUACCCCAAAUACACAGCGGGACCAAUAUACGAAGCUGAUGAGCUGUUUCAGUUCUACACUAGGUACAGCAAAUUGGCUACUACCAAUAUUCAGGAUCUUAAUUACACGAGCACAUGGUCAAGACGAUCGCAGUUCCUACCCUGGUUGGAGCUUGGUGGCAUCAAUGGACACAUGUACUACGUCUCCACGAACUGGAAAUGUUUACAAGGCUUUGCUGACGUUCCACAAGACAUAUUAGACAUUGUUAAAAACAAGUUUCCUGAUUUUCUCAAUGCUCCAGACACAUUUGAAGUUCCAAACGAAACGACAUGGUCGGCCUUUAAAGCUGUCAUAGACCAAAGGCGAAAAGAAGGUAAACCAGAUAUUAUAAUACCUGAAGUUAAUAUCAAACAGGGACUAAGAAACAAACCAACUCAUUUAGAUCCACUGAUUUAUGAAACUCUUGCCAAACUAGACAGUUUUACAGUAACUUUUACUGGCAGAGUUUAUUCCGAAAUUACUGGAAAUAAUCCCAUAAACCUCUUUAAAGUUAAAGGAAUACUUACGUGUAAAGUGAAUCUAACUCCAGGAGGACCUCAAAUUGUUGCCACAAUUAAAGGGAACUUCUUAGAUCCAAACACUGAUCAGGUACUUACAAUGUGGAAAAAUCCCUUAACAAAUCAAACGAACUAUGUUCCACCCAUUUCUGGUAAAUAUGGCAAAACUUUGUUUAAAGGAGACGACUCUGUAUGGUCACUUCCAGUUCCCAAACUCGAGGAAACUGCUGUUGUUGGCGCCACUUCGCGUUCUUUUUUCAAUAAUGCUACAGGCACGGAAGAUUGGAGUGUUCAACUCUUGGAUGUGUUCUUUCCCAAUGAAGAUCUUAAAUCAAUGAACCCUUAUAUGUAUGGUACAUGGAUCAAAUACUCAUCGUGGCCGGAAUGGAUGGGUAUGACCGGUGAUGAGGGUUUACUGGUUUGGCGUAUGAAUUUAGAACUUCUAAAAAGUAAAACAAAGUAUAAAGGAAAAUCAAUUAUUGGAUGAAAUAACUACAAUUAAUCUUUCUAAUAUUUCUAAACUCAAAUUUGUCCAUAUAAGAUACAUACAACUUUAAAUUGCUAGUUUGAAAUUAUUAUUGAUAUAUUCAUCAAAAAUAUAUGGAUUUCCCUG